AUGGGAAAAGAAUUAUGCGAAAGAUUCGGCAAUACAUCAGAGGAUUGGGAAAUUUUUGAUAUAUUGUGUAAUGAUUUUCAUAAUCAUCAUCAUCAUCAUGGUGGUAGUCACACGAUAGCAGGACAUGGUCAUUCACAUGGUCAUUCAACAACAGGUCUUUCACCACAUCAUCAUCACUUUCUUGAUUCAUCAUGUGCGGCAACCACAAUUGCACAUUCAGAUCAUGUAAGCCAUUCCUUAGAUUUAGUAACAACAUUGCGUAGUGAAUUGGCAGCAAUAUCCUAUAAAAGGGACCGUCUGGUUACUGAGUUAACUGAAACAAAAAGCGCUCUUUGUGCUAAGGAUACAGAAUGUGAGUCACUGCGCGCUCAAACAGCUCGUCAAGCUGCACAUAUACAUUCAUUACAAAGUCGUUUACAAGCAGCUGAAACGCGUGAACGCAGUCUUCAAGAACGGUGUGAAAAUACAAUAAAAAGCUUAACUGGUGAAAAACGGUGUCUUGAAGAGAAAAAUAAGGAACUCCUUGGGUGUAUUCGCAGAUUAGAAGUUGAUGUAAGUAAUGAGGAAGGUAAUAAAGAGCAGAUUAAAGCACAGUUACAUGAAUUGUUACGAAAAUUAUGUGUAUGUUUGGAAAUCGAUGUUUGUGAUCCAGUGCAUCUCUCACCAGACUGCGUUGUUGGCAAAGCUGGGGAAGUUGUUGCCGAACUGCAUCGUCUUCGUAAUAAGUUGGCAUCUACAUGUGAUAACUUGACUGCUGUAGAAAAUGAAUUUUCAAAUUUUAAAUCAUUAACCAGUGCUGAUAAGGAUCGCUUGAAUUCUCAAAUAGAUGCUUUACAAAAUCAGACUCACGAGUUGGAAGGACGUUGUAGACAAUAUGAAAGAGAUCUACAAGUGACAAGAGAUAAUUUAUCUGAAUCAGAUAUAUGCAAUGAAAAAUUAAAGGAGGAAUUAAGAGGUUUUGAAUCACGUUGCCAACGUUUACAGAAUACAAUGGAUCGAUUUCAGAGUGAUAGAAUGAGUUUUUUAAGAACUUUAGCUGGAACACUUAAUGCCAAAGAACCAUGUGAAACUUUGAUCAAAGAUAGAUUGAGAGAAAUAUUAACUGACAAUCAAACAACUCAUACGAAACUUCACACAGUUUCUGAUCAAUUAACAGUCGAAUCCGAACGGCACAAAGAACAUAUAGAAUCACUUAAUUGUAGAAUUCGUGCUGAAGAAGCUAAAAAUUGUGAACUUGAGAAAAUGUUAGAAAAAGCUAACGCAGAAAUUCAUGACUUAAGGGCAGAACAUAUUCGAUUAAGUGAUUAUUUAGUAAGACUAUCAAGAGCUUUAAGUUGGAAUGAAUGUACAACACCUCCAGGUCCAGGUACUGAUACGACAAUAAUGGCGGAGAGUCUUUUAGAAAGAGCUGAACAAGUUACAUCUCAUCAUGAACAUCACCUCUGUGAUAAAAAUUGUCAUAAUGACCAUCACCACUCGCAUCCACAUCAACAUUCCCAUUCCCAUCAUCAUCACCAUGGCACUUCAAAACUAAGGAGAGAAAGAUCGUGCAACGAUAUUCCAAUGAAAGAGAGCUCUGCAAUGUAUAACCUUCAAAGACGUGUAAGAGUUUUACGCGAACAAGUUCAAAGACGCGAUCUGCAUUUAGAAUUGUUAAGACGUAAAAUAGCACUACUAGAAGAAGGAGCUCGUGGAAAAUGUGUCUUACAGGGCGAACGCGACGAAGCCAUGUGUCGAUUAAAAAAAGCUAAUAGCAAAAUUGAAAAAUUAACUUCGCAAUUAGCUGAUGCUCGUAAUCAUUUAGCAGAUUUAAAAGGUCAACUUUCAGAAGCGGUUGAACAUAAAAUACAAUCAUUGGAAAGAGCUAGAAAAAUUGAUGAACUAAAUACAAGAAUAUGCGAUUUGGAAAGUGAAAAAUCAAAAUUAUUAGCUCAACUUUCCGCUUCGAAAGAAAGAAUAAGGUCAGCAGUUUCCACGUCCCAAGAACGAAGAUGCAGAGAUGAAGUUCUUAUUAAUAGUUUAAAAGAAGAUAUAACACGAUUUGAACGACAAUUAUCUGAAGCAAAUCAUAGAAUAUCACAUUUACAAUCAUUUCGAACUUCCGUUGCACGAACGUUACAUUUACGCGACAUUCCGGAGACGGACCUAUUACACCGUUUACAAAUGUUAUGUAAUGCUCAUCAAGAAUUUACCAUGCUUUCACGUCGCUAUGAAUCUGCUUCACCAAUUGGUGAUCAUCCAUGCCCCCGGUUCGAGGAUCCAAUACCGCCAUCAGUUCAAUGUCGUCCAUUAUCUUCAACAAGUCCAUCCAACAAUCAUCAUCAUUAUCGUACUACUGAACGGAACUCUAAAUCGAAAUCUAAAUUCGAUUCAAAAUAUGAUUCGAAAUAUGACUCAAAAUACGAUUCAAAAUAUGAUUUAAAGUAUGACUUAAAAUAUGAUUUAAAAUACGAUGGGGCGGCUGAUGCGGGAGGAAGAUCUGAAUGUAGAGGAGGUGGAGGUGGUACUAGUGUAGUUAAUGAUGGUAGACACGAAACAAAUCAUAAUUUUAGUGCAACAUUGUUAAAUUGGUCAUGA